AUGGCCGCAACAGCGACACGCGAUCAGACGCGCCGGCGCCAGCACGGCCAGCCCCGCCCCUUCCGGUACCGGCACCGCCACUGCCGGGACGGAGCCAUGGGGGUGACCUGCGUGACGCAGGUGCCCGUGUUGGAGGGUAAGAGCGUGCAGCAAACCGUGGAGCUGCUGAGCAAGAAGCUGGAGCUGCUGGGAGCCGAGAAACACGGAGCGUUCGGGGUGGACUGUGAGACGUAUCACACGGCAGCCGCCAUCAGCAGCCAAGGGCAGACGGGCAAACUGAUGUACGUGAUGCACAACUCCGAGUAUCCCCUCAGCUGCUUCGCUCUGUUUGAAAACGGGCCCUGCCUGAUCGCGGACGCCAACUUCGACACGUUGAUGGUGAAGCUGAAGGGAUUCUUCCAGAACGCCAAGGCAAACAAGAUCGAGAGCCGGGGCACGCGGUACCAGUACUGCGACUUCCUGGUCAAGGUGGGAACCGUCACCAUGGGCCCCAGCGCCCGCGGGAUAUCCGUGGAGGUGGAGUAUUGCCCCUGUGUGAUCGCCAACGACUGCUGGAACCUGCUGAUGGAGUUCAUGCAGAGCUUCAUGGGCAGCCACACUCCCGGCAUCCCGACUGUGUUUGGCACCAAACACGACAGCGUCUACAGCCCCGCGGACACGAUGGUUCAGUACAUGGAGCUGUUCAACAAGAUCCGCAAGCAGCAGCAGGUGCCGGCGGUGGAAGUGAAUGGGGAACGGGGAGGGGGGCGGGGCGAGCGCGUUGUGUGGCGCGCCCUCCGACCAAUGGCGGUGAGGGGCGGGGCGCGGCGGGCGGCCAAUGGGCGGGGAGGGGGCGUGUCCCGCGGCGCGGCGGGGUCUCCCGGCGGUGACAGCUCGUGUCGGUGA